AGAUGAGCUGUCCAUGAUGAAACAUCACCUCGCUACGGAAACCCAGCUUGCGAACAGAAUCUGAUGCAAUAAAUAAAAUAAUGGGUGAAUUAGCAUGAGUUGUCUCCUGCUCUUUUACGUCAUAGAAAAGGCCCAAAAUGAAUCCAGAAAGAAUCUAAGCCCAAUCCUUUGACCAAGACAAACAUAGAUUCAAUACAGACUCUCCUUCUCUCCUUCUCUCCACCUUCCCCUUUCCCUUUCAGGCAAACCACCCUUAUCCAAUUUCAAGUUUAGGAAAUGAAAAGAAAAUCACACGUGUCAAACACAAAGAUCUAGAACCCAUGCGCCACUUUCAAUUCCUUAACUUGGGUCCAUGCCGUGGGAUCAAAAAAACUGCCACGCCCUCAAAUCAGAAUGCCUGAACCAAACCCGAACUUAGCUGGACACUUUCCUUCAAACACAACCUCACCUUCUCCAACUAUAUAUAAAACUCACUUUCCCUCCUAAAACCAAACAAAACAAAACACAACAACGUUCCUUACUACUAGUAACUGAUAUAACUACCGCUUUUGCACACGUUCUUCCAUUCACUCAUACAAACUUCAGAAAACCAAACUUUCCGUCAGCUAUCAUGUUUUCCACCGACCCACAAGCGACCUCGCCGGACUCGGGAGGUUCCCGUCCGGCGCUGUCGGAUGAGGAGGUGUUUCUGGCGGCGAGCCACCCCAAGAAACGCGCCGGGAGGAAGAAGUUCAGGGAGACACGCCACCCGGUGUUUCGCGGCGUCAGGCGGAGGGACUCCGGCAAGUGGGUGUGCGAGGUGCGCGAGCCCAACAAGAAGACUAGGAUUUGGCUGGGGACCUUUCCUACGGCGGAGAUGGCGGCGCGUGCGCACGACGUGGCUGCGCUGGCGCUUAGGGGAAGGUCGGCCUGUCUAAAUUUCGCCGACUCCGCGAAUAGGUUGCCGGUGCCGGCGACGGCUGAUCCCCGGGACAUUCAGAAGGCGGCGGCUGAGGCUGCAGAGGCGUUUCGGCCCGGUAACGAAUCGGGAAAGGAUGAUGAUGCGGUGGUGGAGACCGUGGCGACAGCGACGGAGAAUGUUGAAGAAAAAGAGAUGGAGGAUCUGAGGAACAUGGUGCUGAUGUCGCCAACCCAUUGCUUCGAGAGUGGUGAAUAUGGAAGUAGGGAUAUGGAAUUUGAAGACAUUGAAGUUUCGUUGUGGAGUUAUUCACUCUAAUCUUUAACUCAUUUUUGGAUUUUUAAUUGCUAGUUUGGGAAUAGUACAAGAGUAUCCGUACUUAUAAUUUUUUUACUAGUACGAGACUGCUCACUUAGGUGUCCCAACUCCAAAAUCACUUAUGUAUGGAUAAAAGUUCACACAAGUUGUGUAUAUACAACAGUGCUGUAAAAUAUCAACAAUUCUUAUAAGAUUUUUUAUUUUUUC